GUUCUUUUCCCUUGCUGCAACCUACAGGAGUACCAUUGUAGGAAUGAUAGUAGCUGAAAUAAAAAGUAGGACCAAGAUACACAAGGAGGAUGGCGAUAUUCUAGCCUCCAACUUCUCUGUUGACAUACAAAUUGCAUACAUUCUAAGUCUCAGAGUAGUGAAGGAAAUCAGAAAGCACGGCAUAGGUUCUCUUUUACUUGAGACUUUAAAAGAUCACAUAUCCACCACUGCCCAGGACCACUGCAAAGCCAUCUACCUGCACGUCCUCACCACCAACAACACAGCAAUAAGCUUCUACGAAAACAGAGACUUCAAGCAGCACCACUAUCUCCCCUAUUAUUAUUCCAUCCAUGGGGUCCUCAAAGAUGGCUUCACUUAUGUCCUCUACAUCAAUGGUGGCCACCCUCCCUGGACCAUCUUAUAUCCUUUUCUUCUCAGGGGUGAGAGACAGUGGCUUCCUAGCAUCAGCUGGAGCUGUGGGAUAUACCGCCAGGCUCACAGCCUGCUCUGCAGCUUCCUGCCAUGGUCGAGCAUCUCCACCAAGGGAGGCAUUGAAUACAGCCAGACCAUGUGAUGUCCGCCGGGCAGCCUCCAACAGGUCCCACCCCUUGGCGCCCUGUGGAGCCCACCUUCCUGGCCAUUUGACCUCAACUGUGUUCUGCAGAGGAGCUGGCCCAUCACCUGCCCCAGCUGCAGGCCCGGUGCUACAUGGGCUUGGGAGCAGAGCGUUGUGGGGUGGGUAUGCCCGGUCUCCAACAGGCUCUUCCAACCCUCCUUCCUGCUCUGGAAACCUCUGGCCUUGCCCUG